AUGUUGAAUAAAACAGCUUCAUGGAUAGUACGUGAAUACAAGCUUGUUCUUGUUGGAGGAGGAGGUGUAGGAAAGUCGGCUUUGACGAUCCAGUUUAUUCAAUCUCAAUUCGUUGACGAGUAUGAUCCCACUAUUGAAGACUCUUACAGAAAGCAAUGUGUUAUUGACGAAGAAACUGCACUUCUUGAUAUAUUGGAUACAGCCGGGCAAGAAGAAUAUAGUGCUAUGCGUGAACAAUACAUGAGAAACGGCGAGGGAUUUUUGCUAGUAUACUCGAUAACAUCAAGAAUGUCUUUUGAAGAAAUUGGUACUUUCUAUCAGCAAAUCAGCCGAGUGAAGGAUAAAAACCGUUUUCCUAUGGUAUUGGUUGCUAAUAAAUGUGAUCUCGAAUUAGAACGUCAGGUUUCAAGUCAAGAGGGGAAAGACUUGGCCCUUGAAUAUGGCUGUCAAUUUGUUGAAACAUCGGCCAAAAUGCGUAUUAAUGUAGAUGAGGCAUUUUAUGAAGUCGUACGUGAUAUUAGACGCUACAAUAAAGAACAAAACCAUCAAGAAUCAGCAGCAGUGGCAGCAGCAGGAGCAGGAAAUCAUGCUAAUGACUCAAGCCGUCAUUCUUCAACCAAAUGUUGCUCACUCAUGUAA